AUGGGUGAUUAUUGGUCUAUGUUGCCCAAAGAUAUCCUUGGUAUAAUUGCAUUGAAAUUGGAUUCAAUUGAGGACUUGGUUUAUUUCUCUGCGGUAUGUCAUUCAUGGAAUCAUGCCUUCAAUAUGGUUAAACUCGAGUGGAGUCGUGUUGAUAAACCAACAACACCUUGGUUGUUACUAGGCGAGCCUACGAAUAAAAAUAAUGAUGAUGGUUGUCGGAAAAUAUUAAGUAUUGAAAAAAAUAAUAAGUGUUACGAAUUAAGUCUCCCGGAGACUUUUGGGGCGCGAUGUUGGGGUUCUCCAUAUGGCUUUAUCUUGAUGCUACACCUUAACAAGAAGAUCGAGUUAUUUAAUCCAAUCACCAAAGCUCGACUAAACCUCCCAUCCCUGCAAACGUUGCCAAUCGAUCCAGAAGAUUGGCAAAAAUUGUGUGUACGCAAGUUCAUUAUCUUAAAAAUGCCUCAAAGUGAUGAGUUUCUUGUAAUGGCGAUCCAUUGGAGGCAUGACAAUCUAGCAUUUGCUCGCCUUGGAGACCAAACAUGGACACCAAUACAUACAUCUUGCGCUAGAUAUUAUCAAGUAAUUGAUGUGUGUUUUUGGGACAGAUUAUUACUCAUUUUAUAUCAAGACGGAACACUUGCUUAUUGUGAUAUCAUGAAAUCUGAUUUUACGGCCAAACUUUAUUUACCGGUUCCAUGUGAUGUUUUUAGAUAUGUACUUGCGGGGAAUGGAGAGAUGUAUAUGGUGGUGAUUGAUGGUCAUUUGCAUGUAGUCUCUCGAAUGAAGGAGGAUUUUUUAGAUGAUGAUGGUUAUUCGGACUAUCGUACAUAUGAUUUUUUUGUGUACAAGCUUGACGUUGAGAAUAAGUUGUGGGAAAAAGUUGAAUGUUUGAUGGAUGUUUCUUUUUUUGUCGGUAAUAACACAUCAAUGUUUGCUAAUACAUCAAAUGCUCAAAGAAAUGCUAUCUACUUUACCGAUGAUGAAAAAGACUUUUGGAGACAUGGAAGGGUGAGAUUUCGUGGACAUGAUAUGGGCGUGUUACCAAGGUGA